CUUUUGCUGCGCCGCGGCGCCUCUUCUCGCCUCAUGGCUUUCAACUUCGGGACAACUACCGGUGGGGCAGCCGCUCCAAACCCCGCGGGAUUUGGUGGGCUUGAAACAGCAAACUCCACUGCCAGUGGGUUUAAUUUUGGGGGUUUCGGAUUAACAGCUAAUCCUGCAGUGAAUUUUAAUAUUGGGAAUUUUGGUGUCUCUACUACUUCAGCGCCACCAUUCAAUUUUGGUAACAGUCUGGCCAGUGCAGGGGCCUUUGGAGGGUUUGGAACCACCACCACCACGGGGGGAUCGACAUUUAGCUUCACAGCUCCUGCCAACACAGGCACCACUGGGCUGUUUGGUGCUGCCCAGAAUAAAGGCUUUGGAUUUGGUACUGGCUUUGGGACAGCAGCGGGCACUGGAACUGGCCUUGGGACAGGCUUGGGGACUGGUCUGGGAUUUGGUGGCUUCAGCACCCAGCAGCAACAGCAGCAGCAACCAACGCUAGGAAGCCUCUUCAGUCAACCUGCUCAGGUGCCCACCCAGUCCAAUCAGCUGAUAAACACAGCAAGUGCCCUUUCUGCACCCACGCUUUUGGGAGAUGAGCGAGAUGCGAUUUUGGCCAAGUGGAAUCAGCUGCAGGCAUUUUGGGGUACUGGCAAAGGAUAUUUCAACAAUAACAUUGCUCCAGUGGAAUUCACCCAGGAAAACCCAUUCUGCAGGUUCAAGGCUGUGGGCUACAGCUGCAUGCCCAACAACAAGGAUGAGGAUGGCUUGGUAGCGCUGGUCUUCAAUAAAAAGGAAGCGGAGAUCCGAAGUCAGCAGCAGCAGCUUGUGGAAUCACUGCACAAAAUCUUAGGUUCAAACCAAACUCUAACUGUCAAUGUUGAAGGUGUAAAGACAUUGCCAGAUGAUCAGACUGAAGUGGUCAUUUAUGUUGUUGAACGGUCACCAAAUGGGACUUCCAGGAGAGUUCCAGCUACCAGCCUCUAUGCAUACUUUGAACAAGCGAACAUCAAAACCCAGCUGCAGCAGCUUGGAGUUACCCUCACCAUGGCCAGAACAGAGCUCUCUCCUGCACAGAUCAAGCAGUUGCUGCAGCAUCCCCCUGCAGGUGUUGAUCCUAUCAUUUGGGAACAGGCUAAAGUUGACAAUCCAGAUCCUGAAAAGCUGAUUCCAGUGCCAAUGGUUGGCUUCAAAGAACUCUUGAGGAGGUUGAAGGUCCAAGACCAAAUGACGAAGCAGCAUCAAACCAGAUUAGAUAUCAUAUCAGAAGACAUAAGCGAGCUUCAGAAAAACCAGACUACGACGAUGGCCAAAAUAGCUCAGUACAAGAGGAAACUAAUGGACCUUUCUCACAGAACGUUACAGGUGUUAAUCAAGCAAGAGAUCCAACGGAAAAGUGGGUAUGCCAUCCAAGCAGAUGAGGAACAGCUUCGCGUGCAGCUGGAUACGAUCCAGUGUGAACUCAAUGCACCUACGCAGUUUAAGGGUCGACUGAAUGAGCUCAUGUCCCAAAUCAGGAUGCAGAACCACUUUGGAACCGUGAGAUCAGAAGAGAGGUAUUACAUUGAUGCAGAUCUCUUGCGGGAAAUCAAGCAGCAUUUGAAGCAACAACAAGAAGGUUUGAGUCAUCUGAUCAGUAUCAUAAAAGAUGACCUGGAAGAUAUAAAGCUGAUAGAGCACGGACUGAAUGAAAGCAUGCCUAUCAGAGGAGGGGUCUUCAGUUGAUGGCCUCCCAUCCUUGUCCACGCGCAGCUUUCCUCUCCACUACCAGAACUCGCUAGGUGUUUUCUAUCAAUAAACCUUAGUGCAAGUUUUGUGAGCGCUCCAGCGCUGUUGGCAUCCUUCCUCCAGUUUUUGAACUUUAGCCUUUGAGAGGUUUGAGUUUAUAAAGCUGCACUUGGUUUCAUGAAGAAAGACAGACGCUCUAGAAGCUAUUCUGUGAUCUAAACCUCAACUUUUACACUUAACAAUUUGUGUGUCUGAUUGAUGUUUUUAAAAAACCCUUUCAGUUAUAAUAUUUUUCUCCUACAGCAAACUUGGCACAAAAUAACUGCCGUGUUUUGUAUUCAGUUUCUUUUGCCCAGUCUGUCUAAACAAACUGCUUAUAAAUAAAGCUUUCAGACUUUGCGCUUUAUAGGGGAAGAGGUGGAUGUCCAAUAUGCAUCUUUAGGGCCAGUUGUAGGAAAGAAGUACUGGUGAAAGAUAAACUUUUGACUAUCAGAACCUAGAGCCUAUAUUUUUAUAUCAUUUUGCUUCAUUUGAAUUUGCAAAAUCAGUCUUCUAAGAGGUAAUAAAAUGAAAUGUUUACUUCCAGUA